AACCCCCCACCUGAACUUCAACUUCACUAACUUCCUGGUGUCCCAGGGCCACAAUUGUAGUAUCUGACUUGUUUCUCUCUCCCCUGCAUGUAGUUUUUAGUUAAAAUCCUGUUGCUUCCUUUUUUCCACUUUACUCUUCCCUCUGUGUCCCUGUCUCUGAAGUCAUAGGUGGUGAUUUCAUCUCCAGUCUCUUUGCUUUGCUUCUCACCUUUUUCCCCCCUAUUGAAACCCACCUGUUGAGGUCCCUUUCCUCUUGAUGUUUUUAAACAUGACCCUAUCUUCAGUGAAUACUUCUGUUUGCUUUCUGUCUCUUACAACAUCCAAUUCCAGCUCCCUUUCUAGACCUUAAGUAAUCUUGCUUUCCCUGAACCUCUGCACUAAUUUCCAUACUCUACCAUAAGCACCUUUAGUCCUUUUGCUGUGUGCCUGAGCACCUGGUUUACACUAGGGAGAUUUUACAAACCAGCAGUUGAGACCUUUCAAGAAAGCCUGGAAUGCACCAUGUAUAAUGCCACAUAAAAUCAUUACCAGUGAUGCACAAAAACUGUGUACACUGCUUUGAGAGUGACUUUCUGCAAGGAAGACCUAAGUAGUGUCAUCAGCCACCAGAGCAGUCUCCACCAGUGCAAUGUAAGUGUCAGCAUGACAAUGUGAAUAGUGCAACUGAUUCCUCCUGCUUCUGAUGUGGUCUGUUUAGAUUUUAACUUCUCUACUCUGCUGGCUCAAGGGCAAGGGGGUUUUUUGUGUGGUUUUUUUAGCGGUUUUUUUUUCCCUUGGAGUUCCUUUGCCUGCACAUAUCACUUCACACCUGGGAUCUUACUGCAUACUACUUCUCUCCAGCACUUAUUUCUUUGAUUUGCUCUGUUCUUGCAACCUGGAUUUUGGAAUCUCUUGAAGACAUUGUCAAAAUAUGCCUCUAGUUGCUGCUAAGCAGACCGUGGGCACUUGUGAAUGUCUGGGAUAACUAUAUUUGCUGAAGCUGAACACCAUAAUUUGGAAAUUCUGAUAUUCAAGUAGGUGUUUCAAUCUGUUGAGUUGGAUUUCGUUUUUGGGAGAAAACAAAUCAACUAAAGGAGCGCUGCACCAAGACUUUGGGCAUAAAAAGCCCUUCUGAGGCAGAAAGGAGAAAUGGUCGUCCUUGUUAUGAACCUACAUUGUAUUUUGGCAUUCCUCCAUCUAUGGAACACAAGAUAAUUCAGACAGAACUGAGGCUGAGGUACCCACCAAUUGGAGUAUUAAAGGGCCUUGAUAGAAGAAGCUGAGGAGAAUGCUACCUCCAGGGCCCCCUGACAUUAGUGAUAUAGACCAAGACCCAUGUGUGCCAGAGACUGCCAAGAUCAGUUUGGUCUCAAAAACUUCAGAGAUGGUGGCAGGAGUGUGUUUGAAGUGUGUUUUGAAGACAGCACUUUUUCAAAAGUGGGAGGACUUCCAGUCAAGCCAUACCCAGAAGAUCCAGCAGUGUACAAACCACUCUCCCAGGAAGAGCUGCAAAGGAUAAAAAAUGAGAAGAAACAGAAGCAAAAUGAGAGGAAACAGAAAAUAUCAGAGAAUCGCAAACACCUGGCUAGUGUACGGGUGGUACAGAAGAACCUCGUAUUUGUGGUAGGGCUAUCCCAGCGUCUAGCAGAUCCAGAGGUUUUGAAACGACCAGAAUAUUUUGGGAAGUUUGGUAAAAUACAUAAAGUAGUUAUCAACAACAGCACAUCAUAUGCAGGCUCACAGGGUCCGAGCGCAAGUGCAUAUGUAACCUACAUCCGGUCAGAGGAUGCUCUGAGAGCUAUACAGUGUGUCAAUAACGUGGUGGUAGACGGCAGAACACUUAAGGCUUCUUUAGGUACAACAAAAUACUGCAGUUAUUUCCUAAAGAAUAUGCAGUGUCCAAAACCAGACUGCAUGUAUCUACAUGAGCUGGGGGAUGAAGCAGCCAGUUUCACAAAAGAGGAGAUGCAGGCGGGUAAACACCAGGAAUAUGAACAGAAGCUACUGCAAGAAUUGUACAAACUAAAUCCCAAUUUCCUCCAGCUGUCUACGGGUACAGUUGACAAGAACAAGAACAAAGUGACAGCACUGCAGAGGUAUGAUGCACCCAACAGUAAUAACAAAGAUGCCUGGCCAUCAUUACAGAGUUCAAGUAAAUCAGCCAACGGUUUAACAAUGGAACACAGGAAAACGCCUCCUAUAUUAGAAAAUGGCACAGACCCAGAACACAUGACUCCAGAUGGUGCAGACUCAGAUUUCGGCCCUAUCGACAAACCUACAGAUUCUCUCAGUAUAGGAAAUGGUGACAACUCACAGCAGAUAUCAAACAGUGAUACACCUUCACCACCGCCUGGUUUAUCAAAACCCAAUCCAGUUAUACCCAUCAGUUCAUCCAAUCACAGUGCACGGUCUCCCUUUGAAGGGGCUGUAACAGAGUCACAGUCGCUCUUCUCAGACAACUUUCGGCAUCCCAACCCCAUCCCAAGUGGGCUUCCCCCAUUUCCCAGCUCUCCGCAGACUUCCAGCGAUUGGCCGACAGCACCAGAACCACAGAGCCUUUUCACAUCAGAAACCAUCCCAGUAUCCUCCUCUACAGACUGGCAAGCGGCUUUUGGGUUUGGUUCCUCCAAACAGCAAGAGGACGACUUAGGGUUUGACCCCUUUGAUAUCACCCGCAAAGCCUUAGCAGACCUGAUUGAGAAGGAACUGUCAGUCCAAGACCAACCUUCCCUCUCGCCCACAUCUCUUCAGAACCCUACCCCACACACUACAACCGCCAAAGGGUCAGGCUCCGGAUUCCUGCAUCCUGCUGUACCCCCAAAUGCCAACUCUCUCAGUAGCACCUUUCCAGUCUUGCCACAGAGGUUCCCACAGUUUCAGCAGCACCGAGCAGUUUACAACUCCUUCAGUUUUCCAGGCCAAGCGGCUCGCUAUCCUUGGAUGGCUUUCCCACGCAAUAACAUCAUGCACUUGAACCACACAGCAAAUCCCACCUCAAAUAGUAAUUUCUUGGACUUGAAUCUCCCACCACAGCACAGCACAGGUCUGGGAGGGAUCCCUAUAUCAGACAACAGCAGUUCUGUAGAGAGUUUAAAUAUGAAGGAAUGGCAGGACGGGCUAAGGGCACUUCUACCGAACAUUAACAUCAACUUUGGUGGACUGCCCAAUGCUUCUUCCCCCUCCAACGCCAACCACAGUGUACCAACGUCCAACACUGCCACCACCGACAGCCUGAAUUGGGACAACCCUGGCAGCUGGAUGGACCCCGCAAUCAUCACAGGUAUCCCAGCCUCCACAGGAAACAGUUUAGACACUCUUCAAGAUGACAAUCCACCCCAUUGGCUAAAAUCUCUUCAGGCGCUCACAGAGAUGGACGGCCCCAGUGCAGCCCCAUCACAGACGCACCACAGUAACCCCUUCAGUACACAGAUCCCUCUUCACAGAGCCAGUUGGAAUCCCUACUCUCCUCCUUCAAACCCCACCAGUUUUCAUUCCCCCCCUCCAGGCUUUCAGACAGCCUUCAGACCCCCCAGUAAAGCCCCCACAGAUCUACUACAGAGCUCAGCACUGGAUCGUCAUUAGGAAAGGUGGAAAAAAACGUUAGAAAUGCAGGAAUUGCCCCACCCUGACUCCUUCCCACACCUACCUGCCGCUCCCCCUCAUAUCUUUCUUUCUGAAGAAUCCAGUUCCUGAUCAAACCUCCCCCCCGCCUCCAAAUGCAAUGCGAUCACAGGGUCAUGACCGUAUCUUUUUUUUGUUACGUUUCUGCUGAGCCAGUGUUUGAAAUUACACUGAUUUAAAGUUUCCUUAAACAUUCUAAGAAAAAAGAGAGAGAGAAAUCAAAACGCAGUCUCAAUGCUUAAAGAGAAUAUUACUGUCUUAUGUCUUUUUUGCACAUGAGUAUUUCUGCCUAGUGGAAAUGUCAAUCUACAGUAGGGGAAAAAUGUAAUGCAAAAUGCAGAAUCAAUUGCAGAAACAUAAAGCAAGUUAUUUAAUUUAAAUGAAAUUACUGAACAUGUGGGGCAAGCAGAGGCCUAGCAUUUAUUUUGCAUACAGUGUGUCACUACACAGGGAAAUUGCUAUGUAUUUUUUUUUUUUUUUUUUGUUGGAAAGGGGGACUUUAUUGUAUCAGUCAGUAAAAGGUUUGACAUGAAGUGUGUUGAAGGACAAAACUUGUAGAAGUAACUGGCAUGUUGCUAAAGAGUGGUUUAAAGAGGGGAAAAAUAAGAUUUCUUUUUAAAUUUUGGCUUUAGAUUUAAAGUAAACUUUAAUGUUUUAAAAGUAUUCACAGAUUUAAUACCUAGUGUAUACAUAAUAUAAUUAUAAGCAGCUGAAACACGAGUGAUAUUUACUUCAGUCUUUCUGUCUCCUCUGUCAGUCUCUCUUUCUUUUUUUUUAAAUUCACCUGAUUAGGGCACUCUGGGAUAGCACUGCAUUGGGGCCACAUGAUCACCAUCAGGAGCACAACCUUUGACCUCCUUUGCCUGCAGCUUUUACUUAACCCUGUAGUUUCUGGACGUUUGUGCAGUAUUGAAAAGACAGGAAAAAGAAACAGAUAAAUAAACAUGGUUAUAACCUGACGCUAAAACUAAAAACAAGGAAAUGUACCUCUUUCUUCAGAAUUAAAACUAAAAAUCUUAAAUAAAACAGAAAACUUGACAGUGA